AUGCCAAACGAAUCUCUGCCGAUCUAUGGCCUUGACAAAGAGCUUGCGGCCAAGCAAGCUGCCAAGUACGACCCGCAGAGAGAAGUCGAGGCUCGCCAGUGGAUCGCUGACUGCACAGGCGAAGCCAUUCCAGAGGGCGCCUCCUUCCACGAGGUCCUCAAGGACGGCGUGUUGCUCUGCAAACUCGUAAAUGCCAUCCAAAAGGAAACCACUGUCAAAUUCAACACAAGCAAAAUGCCGUUCAAGCAGAUGGAAAACAUCAACAACUUUCUGCAAGUGGCUGAGAAGAUCGGUGUCCCCAAGGGCGACCUGUUCCAGACCAUCGAUCUCUUCGAGAAUAAGAACAUGAAUCAAGUCAUCGACAGCAUUUUUGCGCUUUCUCGCAAUGCCGUCAAGAACGGUUUCCAGGGCCCGCUGCUCGGACCGAAGCUCGCCGAGAAGAGGGAGGUUGUAUUUACUGAGGAGCAGCUCAACCAGGGCAAAUGCAUCAUCCCGCUCCAAGCCGGCUUCAACGGCGGCGCAAGCCAGGCAGGCAUGUCGUUCGGCGGCAGACGCCAAAUCAUGGAUUCCAGUGUUGGGUAA